AUGGCUUCAGAAGCAGACAACAAGAAUGGUGCGGACGGAGAGGACUGUGAAGCCCAGGAGGGUAUUCCCCGCUUUGAAGACCCGUUCAUCCAAAAAUACCUUCAGAGCCGAACCGCUUUGAUCGAAGAGGAGAAGAAAAAAAGACAUGAUGUUCAUUUCCGUGGCUCUUUGUCCCCCAUGGUGAGGGAGGCUUGCCGAAUCGUUGACCACGUUCGCGCCAGGGAGCUGAAAGAUGUGUGGACGAAGGGCAUCAGGCAGGAUUUGGGCGACGAUAUCUUGUUUCCCGGAAUGAUGUUUCGUCUGGCGAGGGAAAAGAUGGAGAAGACUGAUCUUUGGAAGAUCAUGAAACGGAUGCCUAAGGGUGCAUUAUUACAUGGCCAUUUAGAGGCCAUGGUCGACUUGGAUGUCCUUGUGGAUCAAGUUCUAAAUCUACCUGGAAUGUACAUGGCAUCUUCGGGGCCCUUGGUGUCAGAAGAACAGCUCCAGGUCAACGAUCUUGAUUUCAAGUACAUUUCGGCGGCGCCCGAGUCACCGCAAUCUUCAACACUAUGGGGCAAUGAAUACCAAGCCUGGACAUACCUGGCGGUGCAGGAGGUUGCCACAUCAUUCCCUCGUCAAGGGAUAGAAGGGUUUCGAGCAUGGCUCAAGAGCCGCUGUACGAUUGGGGAUGAAGCCUCGUUAAAUCACCACCAUGGCAUUCAUGCUAUCUGGGGCAUAUUCGGGCGGACGUUCCAAGUCAUCGAUUCGAUUUUAUACUACGAGCCGAUCUUUCGUGCAUGUUUGCAGCGUCUCCUGGCAGAACUCUGGGAAGAUGGCAUUCGAUAUGUGGAAUUUCGUUUGGCAUUUGAUUUUAAAUUUCAGAAAGACCAAUGUGACAUGAUUGAGGAAGACUACGUGGAGUUCUUCGAUGUAUUCAAUGAAGAAGUCAACAAGUUCAAAGCUUCGGAAGCUGGUAAGGGGUUUUAUGGGGCAAGGAUGAUUUGGACUACUCUAAGAAGUUAUUCAAAUCCAAAAAUUAUCGAGAGUAUGAAAGAGUGUAUCUUAACCAAAAGGGAAUUUCCGGAUCUCAUCGCUGGGUUCGACCUGGUUGGCCCGGAAGAUGCCGGGCGGCCCUUGGUGGACCUGCUACCAGUUCUAUUGUGGUUCAAGAAGCAGUGCUGUUUGGAAGAGACUGAGAUUCCAUUCCUGUUCCAUGCCGGGGAGUGUUUAGGCGAUGGGGAUGAAACAGACCAAAAUCUGUUCGACGCUAUUUUGUUAGGCAGCAGGAGAAUCGGGCACGCAUUUUCUCUGUUUAAGCAUCCGCUUUUGAUUGAUCUAGUCAAAGAAAAAAAAAUACUGAUUGAGUGCUGUCCAAUUUCGAACGAGGUCUUACGUCUGACCAGCUCGAUCAUGGCACAUCCCCUCCCAGCCUUACUGUCUCGAGGAGUGGCGGUCGCUCUGUGCAAUGACGACCCCGCUGUGCUUGGGCAUGGUAUGAAUGGGCUUGCUCAUGAUUUCUGCCAAGUUUUGAACGGCUUGGAGAACACAGGGCUUUCUGGAAUCGCGACGAUGGCUGAAAAUUCCAUCCGUUGGAGCUGUUUCGAGGACCAGAGCCAGGCGGACUGGGUUUCAGACAUCAAAGCAGGAAUAACAGGUGGCGGUUUGAAGGCAGACCGGCUGAAGAAUUGGAAUGUUGAUUUCGAACGGUUCUGCGAAUGGGUGGUGCUCGAGUUCGGCCCGGACGUCCCUGAAGAAGGGCAUUAA